AUGUCAUAUAAAUUAAGACCCUUCAUUGAAGCUCAAACUUCAAAAUCAAAUAUUAAACCAAUAGAACUAGAUGCCAUAGAUUUAUCUUUGUUUCAAGAGGGCCCAGAGUUUUUGUCUCAAAGGCAAGAACUAGCGGCCAAGUUGGAAAAUUCAUUAUCAACGUAUGGUUUUUUUUCGUUGAUCAAUCAUGGAAUUGAUCUAGAAACCUUUGAUCGCCUAAGAUCAAUUGCCCAAUCCGUUUUAGAAUUGCCUCAGGAAAUAAAAGAGAAGCAUCUUGCAGGUGCUUUAAAGUCAGAUGAAGAAGACAGAUCUAGGUCUUUAGGUGGUGAAAGAGGUGCUGGCUUUAAGCCGAGAGGUUAUUGGCUGAUGAAAAAUGGAGUAGUGGAUUCAAUAGAGCACUAUAAUUUUAGGGAUUUACAACAACCAGGAUUUUUCAGUAAGGAUAAAACUUAUCCAGAAAUAGUUAGACAUUACUUACCUGAAGUUGCUAAUUAUUAUAGGUUUUUGCAUUCCACUAUUUUAAGAAAAUUAACUAUAUUAUGCGAUAUUAUCUUGGAACUUCCAGAAGGAUUUCUCUGGAAAAAUUAUUUUAAGGUCAUUGAAAAUGACUAUAAGAACUCUGGUAACGGAUUUGGGAGGUUUAUGUUAUAUCAUUCGAUGGACCCUAAGGAAGAGGAAAAGGUGGAUAAAAAUUGGCUUAGAGGCCACUCGGAUGGUUCAGCCUUUACAUUUAUAACUUCGCAGCCAAUUUUAUCGUUACAGAUUAGGGAUUAUUUCACAGGUGAAUGGAAAUACGUGGGACACACCCCUGGAGGAUUAAUAGUAAAUAUUGGGGAUGCUAUGGAAUUUAUUACCGGGGGAUAUUUCAAAUCCUCAAUCCAUAGAGUAGUAUCCCCUCCUGACGACCAGAAAAAGUUUCGAAGAUUGGUCCUCAUUUAUUUCUGUAAUCCAAAAUAUACUGCAAUCUUGGAUCCUGAGCCAUUAAAUUCCGCGAAACUAAAAAGGCUAGGGUAUGUGAAGCCAAAGGUAUGGGAGAAGAUUACAUUUUCUCAAUGGGAUGAUGAAAAAGGUAGAUUAUUUGGCAAAAAAGAUGUUAAUGAUGUAAAAGGUGACGAACCAAAUUUAGUUUUAUUAUAUGGAAGGCUUCAUGAAAGAUGGCAUCAAGCAGAGAAAAAUUUCUCUAUCGAGGAAGCGAAGAAAAGUUUUAAGGUUAUUGAAGUUUGA